GCGCACCCACCUACCACGCCGCCGCCGUCUGCCCGUCUCCGCCUUCCGCAUCCAAUCUCCUCUCAACGUUCCUCGUCUCCUCCCUCUCCCGGUCCUCGCGAGCUCCUCACACGCCGCCUCGCCGAUUCGGACCGCCACCUCGCGGCGGCGCGGCGGAGAUGCAGACCGCCGCCGCCUUCAACCGGGUAGCCUUCACCGCUGGCCCGCUCCGGCGGCACCCGAAGCCCCUCCAACUAUGUGGGGCGGCCGGACGAGGAGGCCCGCCCCUGAUGCGGCUGCGGCCCCCUCGGUGCUCCGCGAGCCUCUCCGUUGGCGCCGGCGGAUACGGUGGUGAGCAUGUUCCAGUGUUUCCAAGACGCCAAUCAUGGGAUCCCUACAAGCUUCUUGGUGUUGAUCAUGAUGCAUCUGGAGAAGAGAUCAGGAGUUCAAGGAAUUUUCUUCUACAACAAUACGCUGGGUAUGAAGAAAGUGAAGAGGCUAUUGAAGAUGCUUAUGAUAAGAUAAUAAUGAAGAGCUACUCACACCGUAAGAAAUCCAAAAUUAAUCUUAAAAGCAAGCUAAAAAAGCAAGUUGAAGAAUCCCCAUCAUGGGUUAAGGCACUGCUUGGAUACUUUGAGGUGCCAUCACUGGAGAUUAUUUCAAGGAGAUUUGUUUUUUUUGGUUUCAUUGCUGGGUGGAGCAUUGCAACUUCUGCUGAGACUGGGCCUGCCUUCCAGCUUGCACUAUCACUCAUCUCAUGCAUAUACUUUCUCAAUGACAAGAUGAAAAACCUUGUCAGGGCGUCCACCACAGGGCUUGGAGUCUUUGUGAGUGGCUGGAUUGUAGGUUCUUUACUCGUCCCAGUGAUCCCAACUUUCAUCAUCCCGCCUACUUGGUCCAUCGAGCUCCUUACUUCGCUGACAGCUUAUGUUUUCUUGUUCUUGGGUUGCACUUUCCUCAAGUGAAACUUUGCAACAGUCCUCCGAUAGGAAAUUCUUGUUGUCAAAGAAAAUUGCUGUGGCUGACAUCUCCACUGCAAAUCCAAACUUCCCGAUGACCAAGCUGCCUUGGAUCACCUUUUUUGUCUUGAGUGUAUAUGAUGCCCCAGGAUGGUUCAGACUUGAGAUCCCAUAAUUUGUUUUCUCAUAUCGAAGAGUAGUGAUUAGUAUUCAACACACAGCUAGUUAGUGACAUAUUACUGCAUUGACGAGGCAUGCUAUUGUAUUUUUAUAUCUGUACAUGAGUCACAAUAGCAAUCAAACAUUGCUGUACCAUUUUAACGUUGUAGUUGCAUGUUUA